GAAAUUUAUUUUUCUGUUUGAUUAGGUGUCUACAGUCCAUCAGUGGGACAGGGGAUUGUAUGUAUAUUGCUUGAUUGUUCUACCCCUGUUCCCACUCUCCCUACACCCCUGUAAUCUGUGAACACCGGCACCUCUCAAGUACCGCAUCAGUUCAGACUGAUGUCGAUGGAACAGGACACCGGGGCACUGCCACGGCGCAGUGCCAGGAUCGCAGUUCGUGCCCGCCCUGCGGUACCUCCAAGACCCAAGAGAUUCAGUAGACGGACGACUCCAGUGGCAUCAAGUACGACAUUGACAGUACAAGACACCACCGGAGAUCUUCCCGCAUGCCCGGUCCGAGAGGACAGCGAGCCUUUGGCUGACUAUCGUGGGCGGCUACAGGCAUUUACAGAUGCCGUAGCCGCCGCCGAGGCUCAGCAGGCUGCGGCAGAGGCAGAACGUCAGCGGCUGGCCAAUGAGGCGGCAGCCGAAGCUCAGCGGACAGCUGAGACUGACGAAGCGGCACGAAACAGACGGAAUGCCGCCAGCACGGAGUCCCUGWUUGCUAGUGAGCAUCAGUGGACAACAAUACUCCAAGGCAUGAUCUUUGUGCCUACGGAAACGCAGGCGGAGCCGACACAGGCGGAGGCAGAGAGAAGUAACCUGGCUACCGUGAUGUUGAACGUAAUGAGGGGAGUAAUGUGGAACAACAAACUACUGCAGGCACAYCUGCACGCGGAACGACAGCAAAGACAGCAGUACCAGCAAGACCUGGCCGCURUAACGGCCGGCGUCCGCGACGCAGCAAUGCAGCAGCAGCAACAGCAACAGCUGAUGAACUCUACCAUCGCACGCAUCAACAACAUUGAGGCCAAGGCCUCAGCAGCGCCAGGCUGCACGACGGACGCGACGAAGCAAAUCAACGAACGCAUCGAUCACGUCGUCACCAUCAUCGGCGACAUAGGUGUUUUCAACGAACCGGACACGAUCAGCAGCACGGUGGCCGCCAUCAAGACAGUCAUCACCAAGCUACAGACGAGACCGGACGCCGCUACAAAGACGUUCAAGAUGCCGCACUUCGACAUCUGCAAGUUCGACGACUACAACAAGCCGGACGCUUUGACAUGGUGGCAACGUUUCCUCACGGAAGCGUCAUGCCGCACUGUCCCGGCGAACGACAUGUUGAAGGCACUCUAUUUGCAACUGAUUGGAGUAGCGCAGGCAUGGAUGAACCACCUGGCGGCCACCCACAAGUGCACCAUCGCCGAACUCCACACGCACAUCACGUGGAAGGAGUUCGAGCAGCUAUGGUUCACCCGGUUCAUGGUCCGCAACGUCGUGAAGGCGGCCAUGAAUGAGGUGUACACAUGCUCUCAGGGKAACAUGCCAACUCGAGACUGGACAACGAAGUGGCAAAAGAUAGUGACCACACCAGGCUUCGACUUGACGUUUCCAAAUCAACGAUCCGAGUUUUUCUCGCGAUCAUGCGCGGGAUUGCGGUCGGCACUCGAUUAUGAGUACGACUAUACCACAUUCCAGGCCAUUCUGGAUCGAGCGAACUUGGUCAUCCAAACGGACGACAAGGCCGCUAACGAGAGACAAUCCCAACCGCAUUAUGUGGCUAAGCAGACCUAUCAACGUCCGGCACAUAACAAUGCCGUGAUUUCUGAGGAAACUGACGACCACCACGCUGCAGCAGCAUCCUCGGGUGAUGGAGGAAUUGUCGCAGCGCUCCCGCCGAAGCGUCCCAAGAGAGUUCGUAAGAACAAGGCGACACAAGAGACGGCAGCGACGGGAGCUGGGCAGCAGCCAUGGACGGCAUAUAAGAUCACCAAGGAGGUCUAUGACCUUCGUCAAAAUCCAGCGACUGGUGCUACACCACAGUCGCCACCUGUCUCGCCAGCGGGACAGCAAUUUCUUUGGUAUCCCAAGACCCCCUUGAAACCACCUCCAACCUUAUCAGGAGACAAGAAGGACGAGGCUCUCGACACGUGGUUGAGAAUGGUGCCAGUGUGGGUGAGGGCAAAGAGGACAUUGGUAGAGGAGGAAGUGAUUACUGCUGCAUCCUACUUAGAGGGUUCAUCAGCUCGUUGGCUAAAUGGAUUGGUAGCUUCAAAGGGGUUCGGCAGGAACAUGGGUGAUUGGGCGCAGACCCACACCCUAGAAAGCUUUAUGGACUUAGUGGAAGCACGGUGGCACAAUCCUCAACAGGCACAGAUUGCCAUUGAUGGAUUAUUAAAGCUUGAUGCUAGAAAGUACAAGUCAGUGCGAGAGCUUACCACAACCGUAGAGCGCCUGAUCGUUGUCUCAGGAGUGGAGUACAAUCCACACGCCUUGUUGACCACGUUCUUGAUAUGUCUUCCCAGAGACAUCAAGAACUUAUUGGCCAGUGAGGCUCGUAGAGAGUAUUGGAGAAAGAAGACGACUCCACAAGAAUGGAAGAAGAAGGAGUUAGACCGCGAGGAGAGUGUUGAGGGUAGCAACCUCGCCGCAGUAGUUAAGACUAAGGCAGCAGGUCGCGGACGUGACUCGAUCUAUGGUGCGCCGAUUUAUGAGUUUGGCCUAUCUGAGGACGUGACUCGAUCUAUGGAGGAAGCCUACAAGGAAGAUCCCAUCACGAUGGACAUCAUCAACAAACUUCAGGCUAAAGACAAGGCCACCAUUGAUGAGUUCGUGAUGAUGGAUGGGUUGCUCUUUCUUGAGAAGGCAGGGUUUAAGAGAAUAGUUGUUCCAUCUAGGGAAGAUUUGCGUAGUUUGUUCUUAGGAGAAUGCGACGACUCAAUAGGACAUUUCGACUAUAAGAAGACUAGUGCUAACUUAGUGCAACGAUUUUGGUGGCCUAACAUGUUGGACGAUGCAAAGAAGUACGUACAGACCUGUCAGGUCUGUCAGCGGGACAAGCCGCGGACUCAAGCUCCGCUUGGGUUACUCAAGCCUCUACCCAUUCCUGCUGGCCCAGGGCAGAGUAUCUCCAUGGACUUCAUGGACACUCUCGUGACCAGCAAGAAUGACAAGAGGCACAUCUUCGUCAUAGUGGAUAGGUUCACUAAGUACGCUAGACUAAUCGCUAUGCCAGAGACUGCCAGGACUGAGCACGUCAACAAGUUGUUCAUGGGCAGCUGCGUGCGUGACUUUGGACUUCGAAAAACGAUCGUCAGUGACAGAGAUGUACGUUUCACAAGCGAGAUGUGGAAGAAGGCCGCUGAACAGAUGGGCAGCCAUCUUCAGAUGACUUCUUGGAAUCAUCCCGAAGCAAAUGGGCAGGCUGAACAGAUGAACCGAGUGGUGCAGCAUCUGCUGAGGCAUUACAUCAAGCCCAACCAGGAUGACUGGGAUGAGAAAUUACCUCUCAUCGCCAGCGUGUACAACAAUGUUGUACACAGCACCACCGACGUCAGUCCUAAUCAACUGCAUCUGGGGUGGAAGCCUAGAUCUGCUCUAGACUUCCUCCUGCCUGAAAACCGACCUGUUGCAACUCCUGGAACCAUCAAAUUUGGUGUCCAGUAUGAGAAAUUGUUGCAGCAGACUGUUGAACAUAUCAAGAAAUCUCAGGAAGCUAUGAUUGUUUCUGAGAACAAACGUCGCCGACAGUCCACAUUUCAGAACAACAUGUUGUCCCUGCACGCGCAUGUAGACAGCAGGAUGGACUUCAUGCAGAGCACUUUGGACCAGAUCCUGGAUGCAUUGACAAAGCUAGGAUUCCGACCACCAGCACAAUCGCUGUUGCCGUUAACGGCGAUGUUAGGCCCCUUUCCCGUACAAGUUGGCACCCAGCCAAGUGGUACGUCUGCAGCAGUCUCACAAACUGUUGCAUCUUCUUCUUCGGGUCCACUGGUGAUUGCUGCAUCACCACAACAACCUGUUCACCAACCUGGACAGUCGCAAGGUCAAUGGUACCCCAAGACCCCAAUGAAACCGCCUCUUGCCUUCUCAGGCGAGAGAAAGGACGAGGAACUCAGCACAUGGUUGAGGACGGUCCCGGUUUGGGUGAAGGCCAAAAGGACCUUGCCAGAGGAUGAGGUGGUAACUGCGGCAUCUUACCUAGAGGGUAAAGCAGCCAAAUGGCUAGAUGGGGUGGUUGUGAAAGCCGGGUACGGGCGACGCAUGGCGGACUGGGCCAAGUCUUUGACUCUAGACCAGUUCAUGGAAAUGGUAGAAGCUCGAUGGCAUAACCCACAGGAGGCGCAAAGGGCCACUGAUGCCAUGAAUAAACUUGACCAACGCAAGUUCUGGUCAGUCAGAGAGCUUACGACUACCGUUGAGGGCCUGAUCCUCGUCCCGGGCAUCAACUAUAGUGACCAGUUCCUGUUAACAACUUUCAUUAGAUGUCUUCCAGAGAACAUCAGGAACUUGCUGGUCAGUGAGGCACGCACCGAGUACCACACGUUUGAGACAUUGUCUAGGAAAGCCUUAGACUUAGAGGCCAACCUAGGCAAUGCUCAACCCACCUCAGGGAACGACUCAAAGAAGAAGAAGAGUCCCCAGGAGUGGAAAAAGAAGGGAGCAAAGUUGAUGAUGGUUGAGUCCGAUGAGACUCAAACUGAGAUCGACGAACUCUCUGACCUGGUGGACUACUCAGAGUAUGACGGCGAGGAGGUAGCUGAGGGUAGCACCCUCGCCGCGGUUGUAAGGACUAAGGCAGAUGCCCGAGGGAAGGGCCAGCCUAGGGGUCAAGGGAAGGCCGCCUCCAAUCAGACCAAACAGGCUGAGUGGACUAAGGCAGGUCUUGAUCAAGACGUGUGGAGUGACCGCCGAUUGCAUAAGUUUGUCGUAGUCUAUCUAGACAACAUUCUGAUCUUUAGUAAGUCUGCCGAGGAGCACGCACAGCAUGUUGAGACAGUUCUCUCGCUCCUACGACAACACAAGUAUAAGGUCAACUUAGAGAAGUGUGAGUUCGGUCGCACAAAAAUUUUAUACUUGGGUCAUGAAGUAUCCGCGGAGGGAAUCAGGCCGGAAGAUGCGAAGGUGGCUAGUAUUCGAGACUGGCCACGACCUCAGACAGUCACUGAGGUCAGAUCAUUCUUAGGAAUGUGCGGCUACUAUAGGAACGUCGUAAAGAACUAUUCUACAGUCGCCUCUCCUUUGACUGAUCUAACUCGACUUGACACACCGUGGGACUGGAGUGAUGAGUGCGAGGGUGCUUUCAAGAGAUUGAAGCAUGCACUCAUGAAUCAUGAAGUUCUCAUGGUUCCCGAUCUGCAGAAGCCAUUCAUAGUGACCACUGACGCAAGCCAAUACGGCAUUGGCGCAGUGCUGGCUCAGCAGGAUUGGAAGAAGUUGAGGCCGAUUGAGUACAUGAGCAAGAAAAUGCCAUCGAAGAAACUGGCGAAGUCCACCUAUGAGAGGGAACUCUAUGCUCUAUAUAAAGCUCUUGUCCAUUGGAGACACUUCCUACUGGGAAGGUUCUUCUACUUGAGGACUGAUCAUCAAACCCUCAAAUGGAUCAAGACUCAACCAGCUCUUUCCGAUGCACUUAAGCGAUGGAUUGAGGUCAUAGACCAAUAUCACUUCAAACUUGAGUAUCUGAAGGGAGAGUACAAUAAGGUUGCAGAUGCACUAUCCCGUAGAGCGGACUACCUAGGUGCGCUAGUUUCUGAAUUUGGCGUAUCUAAUGAAGUAACUCAAUCAUUGGUGGGAGCCUAUCAGGAAGACCCUAUCACGAUGGACAUCAUCCGCAAACUUCAGGCGAAAGACAAGGCCACAGAAAGUGAGUUUGUGAUGGUGGAUGGGCUAAUCUAUCUUGAUAAGGCCGGAGUAAAGAGAUUGGUAGUUCCAUCUAGUGAACAGUUGCGUAGUUUAUUUUUAGGAGAAUGUCAUGAUGCAACUGGGCACUUUGGCUACAAGAAGACGAGUGCUAACUUAGUACAGCGAUUUUGGUGGCCCAGAAUGUUAGAUGACGCAAAGAAGUAUGUUGAGACCUGUCAGCACUUGCUGAGGCACUACAUCAAGCCCAGCCAGGAUGACUGGGAUGAGCAGCUACCUCUCAUCGCCAGCUUGUACAACAAUGCUAUACAUAGUAGUACCGGCGUUAGUCCUAACCAGCUGCACUUAGGAUGGAAGCCUAGAUCAGCACUAGACUUCCUCCUACCUGAAAACCGGCCUGCUGCAACUCCAGGCACACUUGAAUACAGUGUGCAAUAUGAGAAGUUGCUUCAAGAGGCUAUUGAACAUAUGAAGAAGGCUCAGCAAGCCAUGAUAGCUUCUGAGAAUCCACAUCGCAGACAGUCCACAUUUCAGGUAGGGGAACAUGUCUGGGUCAAGGCUAGUGAGUUAGGACAGGAAUUCGGGAUAUCUCGCAAACUAAUGCCUCAGUACUUUGGUCCCUGGGAAGUCUUGGAUGUAGUGGGAGAUGAGUUAGAUGGUCCCACAUAUGUCAUUCGUGUCCCUGGACACUUACGCACUCACCCAGUCUUUCAUGCCUCAAAGCUUGCACCUUUCGCUGAUACUGAUCAAUUCCCUUCCAGGAGAUCGAUGCUGCCCCCAACCAUGGAUGGACAAGUCGACAUCGACGAUAUUGUGGAUCACAGGGAUAUGCCUGUUCCGAAGCCGCUGGGUCAAGGAAGACAUCCUAAACCCAAGACGGAGUACCGGAUCAGAUUCAGGCAUCAUACGGAUCCGAAAGAAGAUCGGUGGUUUACCCGGGAGGAAGUGAUGGAAACAGCUCCUCAUGUGGUGGCAGAUUAUGAACGAAAGUUAAAAGGGAAGGCACCUGCGAAGUAAGCAUCUCAGCGGACUUUCGAAGCUAAGGGGGAUGGAAUGUGAGGAUUGAGCCCUCAAGUAGGGGCCUUGCCAUGAUGUACAUGUUAUGGGCUAAGGCCCCAGCAAGCCUAGUGCCCGCCCUAAGUGAAGGYGGGCCWGCAAAUCAACAAGAGYCCUCUAUGCCAACAUUUCACGAAGUGGGGUCUAUAUAGUUGCAGCACGCCAGUUGGUUGGAGUGCACCGAGUCU